CCAAGAAAAAAAAUGACUUUGCUAAGUUUCGGCAAAUUGCCGAACUGAUAGCAAGAAAAGACCAUUUAACUAAGGAAGGAAUAAAGAAGGUUCUCGAAUUACGAGAGCAAAUGAAUAAUGGUGGCAAACACAAAUAUUCAAGCACGUUUAUUUGGAAAAAAUUGGAAAAAUCCCCAGAGACUAUACGCCAAACAGAAAUAGAUAAUAAUUCUGAUGAUAUAGUCCGAACUUUAUAG